CAAACACUGCAACUGCACACAGUUCACAAAAAUACAUACAAGCCCACAUACAGGUGUGAUUGAAGACAGCGAGCAUUGUGCCAAAGACCAUGAUGCUGCAGCGGGGAUUCCUGAGGACUUGCCAUGUGCUUGCACUGUUGCUGUGUGUUUCAGCCAGCAAAGAUUUUGACUGGACAAAGAAUGACAGAACCUCUUUCUACUAUGGCACCUUCCCAACAGGCUUCUCGUGGGGAGCCGGCAGCUCUGCCUAUCAGACAGAAGGAGCUUGGAACACAGAUGGAAAAGGAAUGAGCAUUUGGGAUGCAUUUGCACACAAAAAGGGGAAAAUUAUCUCAAAUGAUACGGGAGACUCCUCCUGCGAGAGCUACUACAAGUUCAAGGAUGACAUUACCUUAAUGAAGGACAUGAAGCUGAACCAUUAUCGAUUCUCCAUCUCCUGGCCAAGGAUUUUACCUGGUGGAAUUAAAAACGAAUACAUCAACGAGAGAGGAAUCAGUUACUAUGACGACCUGAUCAACAUGCUCCUGGAGAAUAAGAUCACGCCCAUAGUUACUCUGUAUCACUGGGAUUUACCACAGGUGUUGCAGGAUAAAUAUGGCGGCUGGCAGAACGCCAGCAUGAUCAACUACUUCAAUGACUUCGCAAACUUGUGCUUUGAAAGAUUUGGAAACAGAGUGAAGUACUGGAUCACCUUCAACAACCCGUGGUCCAUUGCUGUGGAGGGAUAUGAAACUGGAGAGCAUGCCCCUGGACUUAAGAUGAAGGGAACAGGAGCUUACAAAGCUGCCCACCACAUCAUCAAGGCACAUGCUAAAGUCUGGCACACGUAUGACAUGAAGUGGAGAAGCAAACAAAAAGGUCUGGUUGGGAUCUCGCUGACUGCUGACUGGGGAGAACCAGUGGACAUCUCCAACCAGAGAGACAUCGAAGCAGCAGAGAGAUACAUUCACUUCUACAUGGGCUGGUUUGCGAUGCCCCUUUUUAAUGGAGACUACCCCCAGGUUAUGAAAGAUUACAUUGGCAGGAAGAGUGGCCAGCAGGGCCUGGGAGCUUCGCGGCUGCCUGUCUUCUCACCCCAGGAGAAGAGUUACAUCAAAGGCACCUGUGACUUCCUGGGUCUCGGACAUUUUACCACCCGCUACAUCACCCAGAAGAACUACCCAUCUGGCCUCGGGGAUAGCUACUUCGCAGAUCGUGACCUCGCUGAGCUGGUUGACCCGAAAUGGCCCGAUCCUGGUUCUGAGUGGCUUUAUUCAGUUCCCUGGGGCUUCCGCCGCUUGCUGAACUUUGUGAAGACUCAGUAUGGAAACCCCAUGAUCUACGUGACAGAAAACGGUGUCUCAGAGAAAAUGCUCUGCACUGACCUCUGCGAUGACUGGCGGAUGCAGUACUUUCAAGACUACAUCAAUGAAAUGCUGAAAGCCAUUAAAGACGGGGUAAAUUUGAAGGGCUACACCGCCUGGUCCCUCCUGGAUAGCUUUGAGUGGGAUGAAGGAUACUCUGAAAGGUUCGGUCUCUACUUUGUGGACUUCAGGAACAAAAACAAACCACGCUACCCGAAGGCAUCUGUUCAGUUCUAUAAACGCAUCAUUAGCUCUAACGGCUUUCCCAAUCAGAGAGAGGUGGAGAGUUGGAAGAGAAAAGCCACAGAAACUUGCUCCUCCAGUAACCAGCUCCUUGCUGCAGAUCCAUUGAUAGGUCACAUGGAGAUGGUGACAGAGAUCGUGGUUCCCACUGUGUGUACACUCUGCAUCCUCCUCAGUGCAGUUUUCCUCAUGUUUCUGCUGCGUAGACGCUUCUGAGAAACAUAACUGUGUUUUCAUCAAAGCGGAGCUCAGCAGGCUUAAAGCUGAAGAAAUCAUUCAGAAGGACGUCAAAGCUCAAACCUGUCCAGAGCCUUUUGUUGCUUUAACUGUCCUGCCCUUCUGUUUCUGAAUAAACCCUUUUUCAGGGUGUCACUAAAGAGUCAGAGA